AUGGCACCACCGAACGCGGCCGACGCGUCAUCCGCGUCUGAAUCGACUAAAGAGUCUUUUGGGACUACUCCAAAACCUACGAAAGCACAGACAUUACCCCCACUCGAGUCAAAAGAGGGCAUAUGGCUUCGACGCGCAGCCAUCCUCUCCUUUUGGGCUGUCGUCGUCCUCAUUGGACUGCCAGUAUGGUGGAAGACGACAGCCAUCUACAGAGCGGAGCUUCCGCUGCAGGAUAUGACGGAUUGGGCUGAAGGGAAGAUAUGCAAGCCCCUGUUCCCUCUACGCAUUGCUGUCGAAGCCUCAAUUCCUUCUCAGGACGCCCUUCAAUUGGUCCGUUUGACACAGCAUGCUAUCGACGACCUCAACGAGUUCUCUGCGCACCAUCUUCGCCUCAUGCCCGCCGCCACCUCCUAUACUGCGAACGCUUCCCAAGAAGUGAUUAUCGAUGGAACGAGUGUCAGGAUUGACGAUACAGAUAUCGCUCUGGUCAUUCGCAUGAUCCAAGUGGAGACUGGGGAGACGCCUCGAUCGCAGCUACAGCCGUAUUUGCCUACACUCGAUGUGUACUACUCUGCAAGUCAGCUCCCUGCGCAAUCCUCGAACAGCUCGCCGCUCGCAACUUUCAUAGCACAGGAGCUGCACACAGUGUUCGCUGAAGAGCAAGCUCAACUAGCGUAUUCGUUGGCUGCCCACCCCGGAGCACCAGCUGCCAGGACCAAGGCAUUUUCUCCCGAGAAGCAUGCCGAGCUGGACCGCCAGUCGACGAGGGCCCUGAAGUACGCCCCGACCUACCAUCUCACUUUUUCGUUGUUCAGCCCGUCAUACGCACCAUCUGCCUGGAACAUUGACGCCGCUCUUCAAACCUAUCUGACACCAUUGCUUGAGUCCUUUUCUGGUAUCAGCAACUUCACUGUUGAUUCUCAAGUCCAGUUGUAUGCCACAUUCUCACCCUCUAUCCACCAACCCGAGUACGACGAGGGCUUGAAGGCAUGGACGCUUCGUAGAGAAGAUCUCAGUGGCUUCGUCAAUGCUGCUGAAUGGCCGCUGAGCCCGAGCAUCGGCGAAGGACCUACCGUAAACUUCAUUCUUUACGUUCCAGACGCCAGCCAGUCCCCUCUGUUGGUCAAGGAGAAUGCAGGAAACAACUGGUUGAUUCCUCAAUGGGGUGGUGUUCACAUCUUGAACCUCCCGGGUGGCUCGGUGACACCCAACAUCUUGACCACUGAAGACCUUGCCCCGGCCAUGCACACUUUCUCAGACCAGCUGACCUCGUUGUUCGGAUUGCCACAAGCUCCUGCCUCGCUGCCUUUACGUAUUUCGACCCUCGAACGUGUACGAGCCGCAUCACUCAUCUUCUCAGCUUCCUCGACUUUGGGUGCAUUGGCUCAAGUCUACCAGAAACUACCUUCUAUCCCAGUGCCCGACAACGUGGCUCAGUCUGCCGACUCGACCAUCGCUCAGCUACAAAAAGCAUGCGACUAUCUUCGGGAAGGUCGGUUCCAAAGCGCUCUGGAACACGCGCGAGCCGCAGAAGUAGAAGCAGAGAAGGCCUUCUUCGAACGCUCCAUGGUCGGCCAGGUCUACUUCCCUGAUGAGCACAAAGUGGCUGUUUACCUGCCAUUGUUGGGUCCCGUUGCCGUGCCUCUGGUCAUGGCUGCGCUUAAGGAGCUGAAGGGCGCAAUUGCAACACUUCGGGGAAGCAAUUCAAGUGCGGAUUACGCAAGAAAGCUACCCACUUCCCUGUUUCGUUGGCUCACUGAGCUGCCUUGGUCGUUUCGCAUCAAUUACUUUGCUGUAAGGAACGUGUGGCUAGACCCCUUAUUACCGGCAGCUGCUACGCAGCAGUCCAUAGACAGUCAAACGACUUGCAAUACCCCAAUCUUACUCUUCAAUAUGCCUCUCUCUGACCAGGGUGUCCAGGACAUCAAGUCCCUCCUUGACUCGGCGACCAGCGAAGGACCAACCGGCUCACCCGGUCUAGCGUUCCACGCCGUCGACAGGUCCGGAAAGACUCUUGUCGAGUAUCAGGCAGGAAACCUCAGCAUCGACAGCAAGCAAGCCGUCAACGAAGACACCCUCUUCUGGAUCGCCUCUUGUACGAAGCUGGUUACCGCCAUUGCCUUACUCCAGCUUGUCGAGCAAGGCAAGAUCGGUCUCGACGAUGCCGAGGCUGUCAAGAAGUAUGCUCCUGAGAUCAGCAAGAAGCAGGUGUACGCAGACGGCGUCAAUGGCGCAGACCAGCAGAAUCAAGUCACUUUGAGGCAGCUGCUCGCCCAUACAGCGGGCUUUGGAUACUCGUUCAUUGACCCUAGAUUGCAAACUCCCGGAGACAUCGAAGGCCAAAAGGGCGACGUGAACGAUAUCCUCAACUCGCGACUCGUCAACCAGCCUGGUUCUACAUGGGAGUACGGCAUUAGUAUCGAUUGGGCCGGCAUAAUCCUCGAACGCAUCACCGGCCAACGCCUAGGCGACUACUUCAAAGAGCACAUCUUCGCACCUCUCGAGGUCGACACGAAGGGCGCGACCAUGUUCCCUCCCUUUUCCGCACAGUCCAAUCUUGCAGAGAUCCAUCAGCGCGACCCUCAGUCAAGCGAGCUCCGCGUGCGCGACCACUUCUACGGAAAUGCACUCAAGCAAGAUAGCCCAGAGAAGCAGGAUGCAUACUUCCAGUCCGGCGGCGCGGGCCUCUUCACGAAGCCAAAAGAAUACGUCAAGAUUCUCGCGGCGAUUCUGAACGAGGGAACAAGUCCGACGACGGGGAAGCAAAUCCUGAAACCUUCCUCUGUCGAGCUGUUCUGGGAGAACCAGAUCCCGAACCAGCCCGAUUUCGCCCGCGGCGGCCCACCCCCCGCAAACCCAGAGCUCAUCGCCGCAGUUCCCGAGUUCUACCCACAGCCGGGCAACCCGCCGCAAGGCUGGACAUACGCGGGUUUCCUGACCAUCGAAGCCGGACCCUCUGGACGCGGCCGAAACACGAUCUGGUGGAUGGGGCUGGCGAACUGUUUCUGGUGGAUUGACCGUGAGAAGGGUGUUGCUGGGUUCAUUGCGGGCCAGGUGCUACCCAACGGUGACCCGAAGGUUAUUUCGGCGUGGUUCAUGUGCGAGAAGACGAUUUAUGAUAACCUGGAGUAA